AUGUCCGAUUCGCAUAAUUCAGACGUCUUUGGUGGGGUUGCUGGCCGUGGCGGCGGUCAUGGAAGUAGGAAUGUAGCACCGCAACUGCCCUUCGCCAGUCGGAGAUCACCAUACCCUUUUUCGAAUUCGUCAACAUCAACUUCCUCUACUUCCCUGACACCUCACCCCCCAUCAAAUGAUAAUCAUUUGCCUGGGUUGACGGGAUAUGCCUGCAACACCGAAUCUGCUGCAGAACCAAGCCACAGCUGCGAUCCAAAUUAUCAUCUUGACUGCCGCCUCCACUUCCUCAACCACCCUCCCCAGCGGCACCAGCAGCACUACCCCCUCCACCAAUUUGACCUGUCAACCGGUCUGGCUCCCCCUCGAGCGGCCACCCCUCUCCCGGGACUCCCCUUCUACGCACCGUGGGAUCCUUGGGACCCCACCCAAAACUAUGAAGAUCACCCCCAUUGUAGUCCCUCCGCGCAACAGCAAGCCAUUGCGUCUUCUCCCGCCGCCGCCGCUAUUGCUGACCAAGAUUCCCUCUCUUUUGCAUCGACCCUACCGGAUACCUGGAACAAUCGUCCUUCUCCCGCUACCUCAUUCGGCUCUCUGUCAAGCACUCAUAGCUCUAAUCUAUCCUCUGACACUGAGUUCGGCGGUGCCCUAAUAACUCCCGAAGGCGUUGAUGAUACACUACGAAACAAACACCACUCACCACCUGAUAACAGCUUCACUAGGAAUAGGGUCCCCUACACUCUAGCUAUCAACGAGUGUGACGAGAACGAGGAAGAUUCAGACGGAGGCAUAGACCUUUUUGGUUGUGACAUGGCUUCUUCAGGUCCUGUUGAGGUGAUUUAUUCAUCCUCCGCUCUUCACGCCACAGUCAUGGAUGAAGACGAGGACGACUUUUCUCCGAACAACUUGGUCACCCGCCCACCGUCUCCGAUGGGUGCCGGCUCUUCUUUCUUCAUGGAUAUAUUUUCUUCCCCUUCUCUUGAAAAUCAAAAUCCACUGGAGGGGGACCCAAGCUUUCACAUGCAACUGAACCCCCCACUAGAUGAUGACUUUGAUUCGCAACCAAACGUCGAGGAAACAUCGGUCCAAUCGAUUUUCCUAGAAAGCAAUCUACAGACGCCCACUACUCCAAGCACACCCGCUGAUAUCCUCAUCGAUUCGUCGUCACCUGACGCCCAGCUUUCUGUCUCCCGGGGCACGGAUGGUCUUGAAAUCGCUGCAGGGGAGGCCGAGUCAGAGUUGAACCAUUCGGCAAACCUACAAGAGAACAUUGAAAACUACAACAAGGAUUUUGCGAAAUUCUGUCUGCAUGCUUACUACCGACACCGAAUGAAUCCUACGAAGUAUCCAAAGCUAUCAGUAGCUGCAGCCGACGUCAAGAACCUGCGGCGACCCGAGCAAGUGAUGAGAACCGAAAUGGAAGAGAAUGGGUGGGAUUAUCAGGCGAUCCCAUGGGACCGUCUUGGGAUCAGUCGUGAGGUAGCGAGAGGAAUUAGAAGGAAGGAGUACAACAAUUAUGAAAACAUCAAAGGUCUUGAGUAUGAGGAAAACCCUAUAAGGAUUCCGGAAAACCGUAAUUUUUUCAACUUCAGACGAAUGGACAACGAGCAACGUUGUCGUUUAAUACAUUUCCAAUUGAGAAACCUUAUUGGUGUCAUCUCGAGAAAUGAUGUCUUCUACGCCGGCGAUGGGAUAGUUGUGCGUACCAACCCGCUGACGGGUAAGUCAAGAACGAUGAUGGAUCUACGGACACCGGACAGUUGGACUGGGAAUCCGAUAAGGAUCUCGACACUUGGUACCUGCGGGGGGUCUAAUGGUGUUGUGAUUGCGGGGUGCUUCUAUGGGGAAUACGCGAUGAAACCACUCCAUGCACCUGCCGAUGCUAAACCAAUCACGGGAAUUGUAACGCAGAAUGAAAGCGGUAUCACGAACCAUGUGCAGAUGAUUAGAAACCGGACUACAGGUACACCCAAUGCAGUGUUCUCAUCUAAUGAUCACUACAUUCGGGUUUUGAACUGCGGAGAGGGUAUGAGAUUUAUCAUCGAGCACGAAUACUUGUGGCCGGUAAAUUGCUCUGUCACUAGUCCCGAUUCGCGGCUUAGAAUUGUGGUUGGUGAUGAUACCGAAGUCUUGGUUUGCGAUGCAGAACGAGGGACAACCGAAUUUGUUUUGAAAGGCCACCGGGAUUUCGGGUUUGCGGCUGCUUGGAGCGACGAUGGGUACACUGUUGCUACCGGAAACCAGGAUAAGACUGUACGCAUCUGGGACGCAAGAAACUUAAGCAAGACUGUAAAGGUUUUACCUGCCGUAAUGGCGGGUGUGAGGACGUUGCGAUUUUCACCUAUUGGUUCUGGAGGUAAACGGGUGUUGGCAAUGGCGGAACCCGCAGAUGUCGUGCAGAUAGUGGAUGCCGUUUCGUGGGACUCAUUACAACAGAUUGAUUUCUGGGGUGAGGUAGGAGGAAUGGACUUUGACCCGUCUGGUGAAGAAUUUUACAUCGCGAACGCGGAUCGGUCUGUUGGUGGGAUCAUGGAAUUUUCAAGGACGAAAGGUUCAGUAUAUUACGAAGACUAUCAUUGCCAGAAGGUACAGCAGCGUUACCGCACGGAGAAGCGUGUAAGGCAGAGGCGGCGCAAAAGAAGCGCUUUCAUCGCCUCUUCAGAUGAUGAUUCGGAAUCAACGACAUCCUCGGACGAGGAGCCAAUGGAAGAAGAAGAGGAUGAAGACGCCAGGGAGGAGCUGGAUUUGAGGAAAAGGGGCAGAUAUUACGAUAAAAGACGGUAUAAGCGACUAGGGCAUGAUAUGAGUAAUGUUUUCGUCUAA